AUGGUAUAUAAAGCUGGUGAGGGAACGCUGCGGAGAUUGUCCAACACCAACUCCUAUCAGAAGCAUUUUCUGCCUUUUUCCACCACCUCAAUGUCUACCAUGUUGCCUUGGAAUCCGUUUAUUAUUUGUGAGAUAGAAGUCAGCCCCAAUGGCGGUCCUGGCUUCUAUUACGGGAUGACGAAAAAAAGACUUGAAGACACCAAGAUAGGCCAUCAAAAGCUAAACACUGUCGCCCUGUCAAGUUUGCAAUCCAAGCUCUGUGUAAGGUGGCGUAGGCAACGACAGGCCGAUGAGGUUGGCCAGUAG